UGAUCAAAGGUACGUCUGAUGGGAGGAGAGAUUAGCAUCAAGGACAAAGAGCCUGGGGAAAGGGGAACAUGCUUCGCAUUCAACGUGCUCCUAAAGAUAAGCGAGAUGCAACAACCUCAAGACAUAGAAGAAGGACCAUCGGUUCCAUCAGGUACACUGAACCUAGCCUCAGCGUUUCAAGAAGCCAACAACUUCAAGGGUGUGCAUUGCAUUCUGUACGUUCGUGGGUAUGAAACCAGGAGGAUCAUGCAGACAUGGAUGGAGAGCAUUGGUGUCAAGGUCUGGCUGGUUCCGCAGGCUAAGUUCAUCGGCUCCACCUUGGAGAAGGUGCGGAGCAAUAGCACAACCAUCAUUGCCAUGGACUACAACAACGCCGACCGAUGCUUCAGCUUCAAGGAGAAGGUGAACCAGCUGAGGAACAACACUGGUAUCAGGAGAGUCAGCCUUGGGGGGAUUCCUUCCGGUAUCCUUAUUGUCAUCGAUGUGUCCGGUGGUGAAACGGAAGAAAUUUUCCAGGAGAUGGCCAAACUUGCCAGAAUCAAGCAUCAAGCCCCAUGCAAAGUUGUUUUGCUCAAGGAUAUCAAGACCCCUUCCAAUGAUCUGAGGAAGCUCAAGGACCUAGGUUGCGAUCUCGUUUUGCGAAAGCCAGUGCACGGGUCUCGCCUUUUCACUCUCCUUAUGACCUUGAGAGACCUCCAGGUUUCAAAUGCACAAGCACAGUCUUCUCAUGUUGUUGGCCCUGGGAUUGCUGGGAACAGCCAGCAGCACGGUUUGCCAGAUGUUGUUGUUCCUUGCGUGCAAGAAACUAAUGCAUCAACUGAAUUAGCUUCAUGCUUGGCUCAGGAGCAGAAGCCUGAAGAUGAUAAGCCGCUAAGCGGGAUGCAAAUCUUGCUGGCUGAAGACACUCUAGUGCUGCAAACAAUCCAAAAGAAAGUCCUAAACCAGCUUGGAGCACUUGUCACAGUAGCUCAAAAUGGAGCUGUGGCUGUGAACUUGCUCAGAGAAGCUCUUGAGCAAGCCAAUGCUUCUAAAGAGGAUAUAGUGUCCUUGCCCUACCAUGUCAUCUUAAUGGAUUGCCAGAUGCCCGAAAUGGAUGGCUAUGAAGCAACGAAACUCAUCCGUGAGGAAGAACAACGCUACGGAAUUCACACUCCGAUUAUCGCAUUAACCGCGCAUGACAUGGAGGAGGAUCUGCAGAAGGCUUUUGAUGCAGGGAUGGAUCUUCACCUGACAAAGCCAAUAUUGCAGAAGAAGAUUGUGGAAGCUAUUUGCAGUGUUUAUAAAGGUCAGAAUUGA